UUCACUUCUCUCAACCUUUCCAAACAGACCCUUCGGUUCACACUCUAAUCAUUUUCUACUUCUCUGUAAUUUCUCGUCUCCUCUCUCUCUCUCUCUCUCUCUCUCUCUCUCUCUCUCUCUCUCGCCAAUCUCAAACCCUAGAAUUCCAAAUCACCGCAAAAAUGAGCUUCGCUGCCUACAAAUUGAUGGCCAUUAGCAUAAACCUUCAUCCAAUUGUCACACAUUGACGCGCCGAUUAUGGGUUUCCAAUGGUAAUGAUUAUGGGUCCUUUUACAGUGUUGAUCUUUAAUGUCUAUUUUGCUCAUAUACUGUCAUGGGAUUUGGGGAUUUUGGUGUUAAUCAAUGAAUUUCGAGAAACUUAAAGGAUUCAGAUGACUUAAAUUGAAGUAUGAUGUCCUAAUUUGUCUAAGAUGAGGACUGAUUUGGGCAUUUGGCGAGAGAGAAUGAGUUCAUCAGACGAGAGAAACAAGAAAGCUAGAAAUACCAGAGAAAUAGACAGGUUGAGCAAUUUACCAGACGUACUUAUUCAUCAUCUCUUCUCUUUCCUCGGCGCCAAACAAGUAAUCCAAACUUGUUUGCUGUCCAAGAGAUGGAGACAUUUAUGGGUUUGUCUGCCUCAUCUCAAUUUGAUGCUCAAUCCUUCAAAACAAAAGCAAAAUUUCAAAAUUUCGUUCGCAAAGUCCUGUCUUUACGUUGUGAUAAACCCAUUUUUGGCGGCAAGUUCAGCUUCCGUUAUUGUUGUAGAUGGGUGGUGGAUUGGAACCUAAUUAACAAGAUCACAAGCUAUAUAAUGUCCUAUCGGAUUCAGCAUCUUCGCAUGGAGGUAAACACCUUUGGGUUCCCAGAGUCGCUUCUCAACUGUAAAUCAUUUGAAACGCUUGAUUUAAGGUCGUUUGGGAGUUUACCCGAGUCGUAUGCUUUUUCAAUGUUGAAUUCUUUGCAUCUGUCUGACUGCUAUUUUGGAGGUUCGGAUCCAAUUGAUUUUCCUGAUCCCUUUGCUAAUUGUCCCAAUUUGAAGACCUUAAGCGUAAGCCAAUUCAACCUUAAAAACAGAAAGUGUUUCAGAAUACCUGGCUUGCAACUACUUAGCCUUUCAUUGGAGAAUGGAUAUUGUUGGGGUUGUAAAAUUGAGAUUUGUGCUCCAAAACUUACUUCCUUAAGAUAUCAUUGGAUAGGCGGCCCUAUGGAUUUCGGUGAGCUAAAUCUUCCUUCACUUAGUGUUUUGGAUAUUCGAGUUUGUGUUCUUGUUUUUGGACCUUCUGGGCAACCUCUUAGAAUCGUUGAGAAGGUAAAUGACAAUAUGAAUUUGAUCAAUAUGUUCCAAGGAUUCCAAAAUGUGCAAUUUGUCAAACUACAUUCCGAUACCAUUAAGGUUCUCACUUUGGUUCCUGGUUUACUAGAAAAACAACCUUCUCCCUUUACUAAUUUGAAGUCCUUGAAAUUGUAUUCGGGAUACAAUAGUAAAUUACCAAGGAUACCUUUUCAUGUAAUGCACUACUUACUUGGUGACUCGGCUAGUGAUGAUUUUGAAAUCGUACAAACUUGAAGCGUGAGCGUUGAAGCUGCUUAAUCUUAUGAACAAAUUUCUCUGGCUGAAGACUUGAAGUUGUCAAAUGGAUAGCUUGACCUUGGGAAACUGAUAUGCUACAAUAAUCAGUAGCUCUGUUAAUUGCAAUAGCGGUGGUUGAAAGCUUGAGUGUUGAAGUUGUUUAUGAACUUGGUUGCAUUAUUGUUGGGAAAAAAAGGGUUGUACUAUGGUUGAAGAAUUGAAGUUGUCUGAUGAAUAGCUCAUCCUUUUAAAAUCGAUUUGCUGCAGUAGUUUGUAAU